AAUCCCUCAAACGGUAAAAACUUAAACCCCAACGAUGGCUACCAAGAACCACUCGCCGACGGAGAAGCAGUUGUUUUCGAUUCAGAUGUAACAUCCUUCUUAAACCCUAGAUAAACCCUAGAAGCUUAAUCGAAUUAGAUGCUCUGUGCUUCGAAUCGCUUGAAACGAGCAGUUGUUCCUCGAUGGAAGAACCCUAACUUGUUAUGCAUUUCUUCCUUCUUAUCUAGUCCUUGCAACUAUCGGACUAUUGAUCGUGGAGGAUUGGUUAAGACACUCCAUUUAUCAAUUUCUUAUUUCCUGAACACUAAGUAUAUAUCAUCAAACCCGGUUAAAGUCCAAUGGAUGUGUCCACUAUAUUUCACACCAAGCAUCUGCACAUUCAGAAGUCGUUCAUUGGUAACAGAAGCAUCAGUUGAGGAGGAGGAAGUGGCGUAUCAAGUUUUGGGUGAAAUUGUUUCUGAAUUACAGAAAUGUCCAAGUUCCGUCAUGGAAUCGUGUACUAAUCACAUUAGUAAACUCUGCAGAAAGAAAAAGCUACGAGCAGCUGCUAAGCUGCUGCAAUUAUUGCGUGAUGAGCAUGCCAUCAAUAGUCUGCCAGCUUAUAAUCUCCUUCUGGCUGUAGCGUGCGAAGAGAAUGAUACAGGGAUUGUGUCCCUUAUUUUUAAAGAUAUGUUAGUUAACCAUCUAUUGAUGAAUUCAACUACUUAUUUUAAUGUUGCCAAGGCUAUUUCCAAGAGCAACGAUUUAACCUUGGUGCUAAUCUUUGUCAAGGAAAUCUUGGAACUGAUUUGUACAGGAAGCGUGACGGUUGUCAACAGGAUUAUCUAUGCAUUUGCAGAUUGUGGACAUGUUCAUAAUGCUAUACUUGUAUUUGAUCACAUGAAGAGUCUGAAAUGUGAACCAGAUUUGAUUACUUAUAACACGAUGUUGGGGAUAUUUGGUAAAACCGGACAAGUGGACGAGAUGCUAAAUGUGUUUGCUUCCAUGAAAAAGGUGAAUAUAGCCCCGGAUAUUGUAUCCUAUAAUACCUUGUUAAACAGCUUGAGGAAGGUUGGCAGAUUUGACUUUUGUGUAGUGCUUACGGUAGAAAUGGGGAAAGUGGGACUGCAGCCUGAUUUGAGAACUUACACUGCGUUGAUCGAGUGUUUUCUUCGAUCAGGUAACAUAGAAGAAUCAUUGAGACUCUUUCAAGACAUGAAGCGUGGUCAUAUCUGCCCUUCAAUUUACAUUUAUCGAUCAUUAAUUAGCAAUUUGAAUAGACUAGGUAAAUCAGAAUUAGCACUAAAGUUCUUGGAGGAGAUGAAUGAAUGUGAAGGUGAUCUUGUUGGUCCAAAGGAUUUUAAACAGAAAAGCAGAUAGAAAUAUAUCCUUCAUUUGGAACAAUUACUGGUUUAGCUUCUCUUGGUAUAUGAAUUUUCAAGUGUCAACAGUGAGCAGACCACCCCUGUAAUUCCACAAGAUGCAUGGUUCAAGCUUCAUGGUAUUCAAGUUGAAAUAGGAGGAAGAGAUGCCAUUCAGUGCUAUGGUUCUGCUGCUAUUCCGAUAUCGUUAAAGUGAUGCUGCAAAAAUGGAUAGAUCGAAGACUUGAGCUCCAUGGUAUCUUCUUGACUGGUGUGGUAAUGGAUGAACUAAAGAUGACUGAAAGAUCACAGUUCAGGAUGAAUGUUGUGUAUAGAUCAUAACUGUAUCUAUUUUCUUCACUACCUUUGCAUAAAACUUGGUUAGCGGCUGUUUACCUAAAUGCUUACCUGGUAAGUGCUUACUGUUAGGAGUCUAACACUAUAAUUUAUUUUAUUGGGUAAGGUUGUAGUACAUCAAAACGUAUUCCGUGAAACAAUUUUCUUGGUAAGCGCUUACCCGGGUAAGAGCCGUCCCCC